AUGACGGCGGCUGCGAGGGACGAAGCCCCGAUGGACGCCGAGGAGGUCCACCGCGUGUGGCUGGCGGAGCAGGCCACCACCUCGCGCGGUUCCAUGGACGUCGACGCCAACGGCUACGGGCCCAAGGGCGCGCCCAUCACCGUCGCCGGCGGCUUCGCGCAACACAAGCAGACGGUCACCCUCGCGUGGCGAGACCUCUGGUACACCGUGUACCCGGCGGGCAGGGACAAGCCCUCGCGCGAUAUCCUCAAGGGCCUCAGCGGCGCCGCCCUGCCCCACCACGUCAUGGCGCUCAUGGGCCCCACCGGCAGCGGCAAGACCAGCCUGCUGAACGUUCUCUCCGGCCGCGUCCCCGCCGGUGGGAUCCUCAGCGGAGAGGUCACGGUGAAUGGACAAGCCAGGUCCGAGGACUUCAACGAGCGCGUCGCGUACGUGAUGCAGGAGGAGCUGCUCUUCGCGUUCCUCACCGUGCACGAGACGUUCAUGCUCCACGCCAGGCUGCGCUUACCGCCAUCCACGCCGGACAAGGAGAAGGCGGAGAGCGUCGACAGGCUCAUCGCCGAGCUCGGGUUGAAAAACGUGAGGGACUCGCCGGUGGGAUCGCCGGGGGGCUUUCGACGCGGACUCAGCGGCGGCGAACGGAAGCGGUGCAACAUCGGCGUCGAGAUGGUUCGCGACCCGGCGGCGAUCUUCCUGGACGAGCCCACGUCGGGGCUGGACUCGUUCCAGGCGCAGAACGUGAUGUCGGCGCUGAGAGACUUGGCGGGGAACGGCAGGAGCGUCGUUUGCACCAUCCACCAGCCGCGCUCCUCGAUAUUCGCCAUGUUCGAUCAGCUCAUGCUCCUGACCGACGGGAGGCUGGCGUUCAUAGGCGACGCGUCCGCCGCGGUGGGGUACUUCGAGACGCUGAUGUUCAAGUGUCCGACGCUGACGAACCCGGCGGACUUCUUCAUGGACGUGAUGAGCAUGGAUUUCAGGUCCGAGUCGAGGGAGGGUAACUCGAGGUCGCGGGUCGAUUUCUUCGCGAGGGAGGCGGCGUCGCGAGGGCUCGGCGAGGCCGCCGCGUCCAAGGCGUUCGAGGCCGUCGCGCUGGCCAAGAAACAGGGCGCGUUCGACGCCGAGAAGGAGGAGACGACGAGCGCCAAGCCGGGGGGGGGCGCCGGUUGGGCCACGCAAUUUUACCUCCUCUCGCAGCGCGCGCACAAGUGCCAGCGUCGCGACGUCGUCGGCGUGGGCGUCACCGUGUUCCUCGACGUCGUAUACGCGUUGCUGCUCGCGGCGCUGUACCGCGGCGUCGGUGACGACCAGGAGGGGGUCCAGAACAGGCUCGGGUGCCUCUUCUUCAUCUGCCUCAACCUCGCGUACUCGUCGGCGCUGCCGUCCAUCAACCUCUUCGCCGCGGAGAAGAACAUCGUGAUUCGCGAGCAGGCCAGCGGCGCCUACGCCACCAGCGCGUACUACCUCAGCAAACUCGUCGCGGAGCUGCCCAAGCUGUCGUCCAAGUUCGUGUUCUGCACCUUGGUGUACUGGAUCGUCGGGUUCAACCCGGAUCCCACGCGGUAUCUCAAUUUCCUCCUCAUCGUCGUCUGCGAGUGCCUGGCGGCGCAGGCGAUUGGCAUGGUGAUGGCCACGGGGCUUCCGAUCGGCGCCGCGCUGGCGUUCGGCCCGGCGUGCAUCACGGUGUUCACGCUGUUCGGCGGUAUAUACCUGAACAUGGACUCGAUCCCGCUCGGCGCGGGUUGGAUCGCAUACGUCGACUUUAUCUAUUACGCGUUUAGCGCUUUGUGCGCGAACGAGUUUGGCGACGCCGACGCGACGUUCACGUGCGACGGCGACGGCGGCAGGUGCCUUCCCGACGGCGCCGCCGUGCUGGAGCUGUACUCGUUCGAGGACAUCCGCGUGGCGCCGCAGGUGCUUGCCUGGCGUUUGUGCUGCUGGUCAGGAGCUCGAGCAGGUACAUGCCGCUGA